AUGUAUAGGAUGUGCUCACUGGGCAGGAACCAGAGGAUGGAUGGAUGGAACAAGAAGCUGGUGUCUGCUUUGCACAACCUCACCAGGCACGUUGUGUACCGCGGUUUCACGAGGGCAGAAGAUAUCCUCUCUCUCUUCCCAGAAAACUUCCACCAAAAUCUGAAAAACCUUUUGACUAAGAUAAUCUUGGAGAAUAUCUCUGCUUGGAGGAAUGAAGCACAAGCAAGUCAGAUCUCCCUGCCUCGGCUGGUCGACAUGGACUGGAGGGUGGACAUCAAGACAUCUUCAGACAGCAUUGUAAGAAUGGCAGUCCCUACUUGCCUGCUUCAAUUAAAGAUUCAGGAAGAUGCUGCCUUAUGUGGAAAUAAUCCUGUUGUUUCUGCACUGACUGUGGAACUGAGCAAAGAAACCCUAGACACUAUGUUAGAAGGUCUAGGAAGGAUUCGGGACCAACUUUCUGCCGUUGCAAACAAAUGAGUGCACAAGGGUAUGGAUUCCAGCAGCAAGGAAGGGAAGUGUUCUCAACCUACAGUUCUCAUCAGUUGCAGCCUAGUGUAACAUGUUGUCUGUUUUAACGGAACAAAAGAGGUUUCUUUAUUGAAUGAAUGAGAUAGCUUUUGAAAAGCUAACACUCAGACAUUCAUUUGGUCUGAUGCCAAAAGGUGCUUUCCUAAUAUGUUGUUGAACAAAAGCUGUUCACCAUCUCAGAAGAGGAUUUGAGGGCUCAGAGCCUGACUUAAUCACAAGGGUCAUAACUGGAAAUAACAAAUAGCUGCAGCCAAUGAAGCAAGUACUAUCUCUCUGCCCCGAAAUUAGAAUCUAAAAGGCUCAAGCUGGUUAAUGGGCUGCCUUCCAGCAUUAGAAAAGGAGGAUGCUUCUGUCUGGAAUGUGCAUGUACUGAGGGGCAUGCUGGAUGUAGCACUCUCUCCCUCUCAGUGAAGCACAGCCAUGCUGCAGAUUGUUAUUACAGGAUAAUGCUUUGAAAUAGGGCAAUUAUGCUACAACACAUUCCCUUCUGAUCAGCUUCACAGCACCAUUUGCAAAGUGACUAGUCUGAACAUCUUUAGCAGGAACUAAUUUCCUCCUCCUGUUUGAAAAGGAAAAAAAAAAAGAAGUUCAGAUAAUUCAUGUUUGGGUUUAUUACACUGAGCGUUUCCUUCACUGCACAAAAACCAGACUGGGAAAGUAAAGAGCUGAAGGCUGUUGUCUGUACUGUAGGAACCCUUCUGUGGCAGUACAUGCCUGUCCUUCUCCAGAGUGUUCUGUUUGUAUAAAUCUUCACUGAAUUAAAAAAUGAACUGCUAA